UUCUUUUUCCUCUUCAGACUCUAAAACAGGCAGGAAGCUCCGAGCAGAGCACGAGCCGCAGGAGAGGCAGGAGAAGAAGAAGAAGAAGAAGAAGAAGAAGAAGAAGAAGAAGAAGUGUGUGUGUGUGUGUGUGUGUGUGUUUUGGAUGUAGCUGCGGUCUCGCGGGGUUCCGUGCUUGCGGGGAAUGUGCGGGCUGUGCGGGCUCUAACUUUGUGAGUGCGCUCAUGGUGAAGGAGGACGCAGAGGAUGGGAGUCACCUGGUCCUCCAAAUGGCUCGCUCUCUUCCUCGCGCUUCACAUAGUCUCUGUGUUGCAGACGGUGUUCGUCAGUGCUGGUCAAUGUGACACGGUGUUUAAAGGUUUCUCGGACUGUCUGCUUCAGUUGGGGGAGAACAUGGCCAACUAUCCCCAGGACCUGGACGACAGGGAGAACCUGCACAAGAUCUGCAAUUACUGGGAUAACUUCCACUCCUGUGCCACGACGGCGCUGGCGGACUGCCAGGAGGGAGCGACGGACCUCUGGGAGAAACUGAAAAAGCAGUCCCGCAACCUGGAUUUCCGUGGGAGUUUGUUUGAACUCUGUGGCAGCGGCAACGGAGCCCCGAGAUCAGCCGACGCCAGGGGCCUCGCCUUGGUCCUCACCACACUGCCCACCAUACUGACUUGGCUGGCGUUUUAACAGGAAACCAGAGAAACAACAACAACAACAAAAAAAAGAAAAAACACAAAGAAAAAAAAGGAAAAACAAAAAGAAAAUAGAAACGGAGCGCUAGCUGCUCUACGAUCAUGAAAAAAGUUUGAACUCAUCACCAGAAAAACACCCAAAUGGAUUUUUGUCACCGUGCAGCGCCUGGUCCGCCGUCCUGGGACAUCUGCAGGCCGUCCUCCCGGAGCGCCCAUCCAAUCACACGCUGACCUGACCCGGAGGUCGAUAACAUGAAAUAUUCAACACGCCGUCGAGCUGAAACGAUGACAAUGAUGAAAAUUUGAUGGAUCCUUGCCCGCUUACAAUCGUGGAAUUACACAGUAUUAAAGUCACCCAUGAAUUAUUGAUGUUUAGUAGGCUAGGCCUGGCCGGCACCGUGUGGCUGCUGGUGCCGACAGUGUCAGGCUGUUUGUUAGGGUCCCCGUAUAGCCUGACUACAUGUUCAUGUGUAAGGCGAGGCCGAGCCGAGCCGAGCCGAGCCGCCUCAUCCCAUCACGGACUGAUUCUCCUUUUUUUAAGUCGACUGUGUUGAGCCCGGUGCGUUUGACGGACUGCACGCGUGAUGGUGGUGAUGUAAUAUUUGUAUUCUUAUUGGCUGUUAAUUGUGUUCAGGCCACGGUCACACCAGCCCGGGUUUCCUUCAUUUUAAUGGAGUUUAGCGCCCCCUCCUGCACAGGUGGACUUCAACAGGUACAGUGUUGAGCUUUGACCCGCGCAGCAUGGCUUGCAGUAACUCGUGUGCCAGCUGUAGGUGUGUUUUUAAGAUUUACAGUAUUUUACCUUUCAGCGUUGAGCCGGCGAGCUCGCCGUGCCGCCGGCCGCCGCUCCAAACCGACGGCGGUGUGACCGAGCUCUGAGGUGCAGGGAUGUGCGGUGACCGUGUGAAGCCUGCUUUUCAUUAACGAACUUUAGACUGACGUUAAACUGCAUGGUGUCAGCGCAGACAGACUCCAGGUGUUUCAGGAAAUGCGUUUAAACCAGGGGUCUUCAAACAGGGGUCCGUGACCCCUAGGGGCUCCACAGAGGUACUGCAGGGGGUCCUAAUAAUUGACAAUUUUCACCAAAAGGCUGCAGAUCAUUGAGGAAGUACAAACAGACAAGCAUUUUCAGACCAGUGGGAUGAAUCAGUGGACAGGCUAAGAAGACAGGAUAUAAACUGGUUAACCAGGUGAAGUUAAAGUUGAAUGAAGUUAAAAUCAAAGUUGCUACAGGCCAGGCUUGUUGAUUCCAUGUGGGAGGCCCUGGGCUGGAAACGGUUGAAGACUCCUGGUUCAGACGUUUGGGUUAGCAGCUGAAUGGGACGGUGCCAUCUUAACUAACAGUUUGAUUCAGAUAACCUCUGUCGGGUUGAAACAAUGUUUGGGUUAGUUCAGCUCGUUGAUCCUGAUUUUAGCAGCGAACCCAAAGCAGACCAACGCUUCAGUGUCUGAAAUCUCACGGGACGUUCAGGUUCAGCGACUCUUUUCAGGACGGAUGUGAAAAAUAGAAACAGUAGAAUAAAGUUCAGCUGCUGAUGUUCAUCCCUGCUCAGCAGAAGCAUGUUAGAAAUGAAUUUAGUGAGAGAGACAGACAUAUUUAUAGAAAUAUUUGAAGCCGACAGCAAUACGAAGAUGUGACUUCAUGGCCAGUGUAGCUUAAAAACUCAAACCGUGGCUGAAGAGAGAUAUGACUGUUGCCAUUUAGCACAUCCCCCCUUUUCAUACGCGGCCUCCAUCGUAGACGACGUGUUAGUGACACGCUGACAGUAACAGUAGCAUCAUGAACAGGUCGGACGACGUUCUGUGUACUUCUGUUCGUUUGUUCGUUUGUUCGUUUGUUUCUGGGGAUGUCGCGUAACAAAAAGAGUUUUAAAAAAAAGCUGACAGAGAAUAUUUAAAAAAGAAAUAAGAAGCUCUAUUAGAGAUUAUUAGAGUCUAUCCCUGACAGAUCUUUAAAAAAAGAGUCAUAACAUGAUAAAGAGUCAAUAAAUAAAAUGACUAAUGUUUGAAAAUA